AUGGCGACGACGAUGGCGACGGGAAUAGUCACGCGGUGCGACGCGCGAACGCGGUGUGUAUGCGCGGGUGGACGACGACGUGCGAUCGGGGCGAGGCGCGCGCGGACGACGCGGCGCGCGGGAGACGCGGGCGAGGACGGUUUACAGCUCGGCACGGCGAAGCUCCCGGGAGGGGUGGACGAAGGGGCAAUGUGCGAUGCGCUGUAUCAGUGGGCGUCGUCGCUGACGACGAACGGGGCGAACCUACCGUUCGCGUUGGCGCAAGGCGUCGAGCGCACGAGCGACGGGUUUGAGCUGACGUUUCUCAAGCGCACGGGUGACGGGCCGGAGAUGGCGGCGGUUGGGACGAUCGCGGCGAGCAUCGAGAGUACGCCGAGUGGCGAUCGAGUCCUGAUGAUUCGGGGUUUCGGGAACGUGAUGCAGUGCGUCGAUACGCCCGUCGUCAUGGGCGGGAUGCCUGCGGCUAUUCGCAAAGCGAUCCUGAUGUCUUCGUGA